AUGGCCGGAGCUCAUGAAUCAGCCAAUGUCCGAGCAAAAGUUGUCUGCGAGAGGGAUAUGACAAGACAAGGUGCUGUAGCGAUCGAUAAGAACUCGAUGGAUUAUAUAAUGCGUUCAGCGGUCGCUGGUGGGAUUUCCGGCUCAUGUGCAAAGACAUUGAUAGCUCCUCUGGAUCGUAUCAAGAUUCUAUUUCAGACUUCGAAUCCGCAUUACACGAAGUACGCAGGGUCGCUGGUGGGACUGGUGGAAGCAGCAAAGCAUAUACGGAUUAAUGAUGGGCUGAGAGGCUUUUUUCAGGGACACUCGGUGACGUUGAUUAGAAUCUUCCCGUAUGCUGCGGUCAAGUUUGUUGCGUAUGAGCAGAUACGGAACGUUCUGAUUCCGAGUAAAGAUUACGAGGUGCAUUGGAGGCGACUGGUGAGUGGCUCUCUUGCGGGGCUUUGCAGCGUCUUUCUGACUUACCCGUUAGAUCUCAUAAGAGUUCGCCUAGCGUAUGUCACAGAGCAUAAGAAGGUCAAGCUUGGGAAGAUCGUGAGAACGAUUUGGGAAGAGCCUGUGUCGGCUACGUUGGCGAAGAAGUGGUAUGUACCCCUAUGGUUUGCCCAUUGGAGCAAUUUUUACCGGGGCUAUAUUCCAACGGUGCUUGGAAUGAUUCCCUAUGCUGGGGUGUCGUUCUUUGCGCAUGAUUAUAUGCAUGAUUUACUGCGAGUACCGGUUCUGGCACCCUACUCGGUGGUCAGCUUGAGCGAGGAGGAGGAGUCGAGACGGUCGCAGAAGCGUCAGAGGGUACCCUUGAAGACCUGGGCGGAACUUGUGUCCGGCGGUUUGGCCGGUAUGGCCUCACAGACCGCAGCUUAUCCGUUUGAGAUCAUAAGAAGAAGACUGCAGGUCAGCGCCUUGUCGCCAAGGACAAUGUAUGACCACAAGUUUCAGUCUAUAACGGAAAUUACAAAGAUUAUCUACAAGGAGCGCGGUUGGCGAGGCUUCUUUGUCGGUUUGAGCAUAGGCUAUAUCAAAGUUACGCCGAUGGUUGCCUGCAGCUUUUUCGUAUAUGAAAGGAUGAAGUGGCACCUGGGCAUAUGA